AUGGGUCCUCUAGGGAUAUCCUCGGCUUUUUGGACGCUGAGUCUUAUUUUCGCCUCGUUGACCACCGCGACCGACAAUUACUCGGACAUCGACCUGCCGGAGAACCACUUGAAGUACUACUUCAACUCGUUUCCUGCGCUGGCUCACAAGUGCCGAAACGACGCGGCGUGUCCCUACAAGGAUCACCUGGACGAGAAAGCUUGCUGGGGGUACGAGCCGGACUGCAAGCCCGAGCACGCGUUCUCUCUGCCCCGGUGUCCGGGCGAGCACAAAGGAUGGGUCUCCACGAAGAGGGCCCAGCUCAACACUUUUUACACCCAGGGGGACUUUGGCUACGUGCGCGAUCAGCGCAAGGAGAUGAUGCUGCUGUGCGAGCCGCUGUUUUCGGACGACUCGUCGCUCGAGUGCUCGGAGCACAUGAGGUUUUGCCGAGGUAGGAAUAUCAUGAUCAACUUCACCGAUCUCGCCAACAGGAAGGAGCCCAUUAGGUACAAGAUGGACGUUUUGACCGAAGGACAGAUCGGUGGACACUGCAGAUUGAGGGAACAAAGACUGAGGGACAACGCCGACCACAUGAGUCCUCUGCAAUCUUGGGCGCCGGAAAUAGUUCAUUUCAAACAGUUGGCCCGCAAGCCCAUUGUCGAGGGCGACUGCGACGUCGUCGUUGAUAAACCUACGUAUAUACUUAAAAUCGACGCCGCCGUGAACAUGUAUCAUCAUUUUUGUGAUUUUUUCAAUCUUUACGCUUCGUUGCACGUCAACUUGUUGCACCCGUCGGUAUUCAGCACUGACAAUCAUGUCAUGAUCUGGGAAAGCUACAGUUACCGAUCAGCGUUUCAAGAUACUUUCGAAGCCUUUACGAGACACCCCAUUUGGGAUCUCAAAACAUUUAGAGGAAAGACUGUUUGUUUUAAAAAUGUUGUUUUUCCGCUGUUGCCUCGCAUGAUUUUUGGACUAUUUUACAAUACACCACUGAUUUAUGGCUGUGAAAAAAGUGGACUUUUUACUUCGUUUUCGGAUCACGUACUGCAUAGAUUAAGGAUACCUUUGCACGAGAGAAGCAAUUCAAAAAUUCGCGUAACUCUUUUGAGUAGAGACACCCAGUAUCGAAAAACUAUGAACGAAGACGAGUUGGUUGGAGCUCUUGAAAAAAAUCCAGACUACGAAGUGAAAAAGGUUGUCUACAACAAAAACAUAUCGUUUAAAAAACAACUGGAAAUCACGAGAAACUCCGACAUUUUCAUUGGCAUUCACGGAGCCGGUUUGACGCAUUUCUUGUUUCUCCCGGAGUGGGCAGUUGGUUUUGAGUUGUAUAAUUGCGAGGAUGCCAGCUGUUACAAAGACGUGGCACGACUCAAGGGCAUCAAGUAUUUGACGUGGGAAAAUACAAGCAAGCUGACCGAAAUCGAUCCGGGAACUCAUCCUCAUGGUGGUAGUCACGCGAAAUUUAUGAAUUACGAAUUCGAUGUGGAUGAGUUUGUGAGGAUUGUGACCAAAGCUGAAGAGUAUGUGAAAAAUCACGAUGCAUUCAAGGACUUUGUAAAACAACAAGUAAAUGAGUCGAUGGAAGAAAAAAAGGUGGUGGAUGAAAAGAGAGAAGAAUUAUAGCAGUUACUGCAG